AUGGUGAGUGCCGUCAGCGCCGUGCAGGAACGAGGAGCGGGUGAGCGUUGCAGCUGCGCCGGUGCCACGGCAUCGACCGCGCCCGCCAUGGCGCACGUCCCCCACAUAAGUAGAGUCUCUUACUUCAUGAUGGCUCUCGCUUUGAUCGCGGCGGUGUUCGUUGCAUGGCUGCGGCGGGAGGAGCAGACGCUGGUUGGGCAAACGUUUCUAGUGAAACCAAAGUUUGUGGUGGAUGGCGGCAGUUUUUAUGCCACAACGACGGAUGAGGGAAGGCCUGUGCUGCUGCGUCUGCGGCUCUUGCGUGUCCCCGCACUGGGUGGGCCCCACGGUCGCCAGUCCCGCGCCUAUCUGAGCCAACUGUUGCUGGGCCGCCCCGCGGCGGAGGUGCUCUGCCGCGCAACGGGGGCGGAUGCCGCUGGGGGCCUCAUCGCGGACGUCUUCGUUUCAUCCGGCGGCGCGGCGGCGGAGGCGUUGACGAGUGUGCAGGAGGAGAUGGUGCGCCACGGCUGGGCCUGGGCGAUGGAGGGCGGCUUCGCCCCCAACCAAAAACUGCGCGCCCUCAUGGCCGAGGCGCGUGAGGCCAAACGCGGCCUCUGGGGGGACGAGAGCUCCAACGCCUUUUUCCUGCAGCGUGCGGCAAGCGGGCAGAAGCUGGACCCAUCGUCGCACGCGGCUGGACCUCGCCAGCAGUACGGCAGUCAGGGGAUACCUUUUUCCCGUCGGAGGCGGCCGCGGCCAAGGCGGGUGUGA